GAGCUAAAUGAGAAAUAUUGUCAAGGUAAAGCCAUAUCACUAUUAUUUUCUUUCCCCUCCUAUGGCCAAAGUCACCGUGUUGAUGGUAGCCCAGAAGCAGAUAGAAGGGUAGCUGUCCUGGUCCAGGUUUGGUAUUGGUCAUUCAUGCUCCACCGACUCGCAGAGCAGCUGGGCUGUUGCUGUGCUCUUGUGCUAGCUGUGCCGUGCUGCACGGUAAGUGAGAGAUGGACCGCUUCCUGGGUUUUGUCAAGGCGAUAAGAAGAUCUAGGAGAAGAAAGGGGAAAAAGUACCGACCAGAAGAGGAUUACCACGAGGGCUAUGAGGAUGUCUAUUAUUACGCUUCAGAGCAUUUUCGAAAUGAGAGUCCCUACACUAAAUCCGCCAGCCAGACAAAGCCGCCUGAUGGAGCGUUGGCUGUGAGGAGACAGAGCAUCCCAGAGGAAUUCAAGGGCUCCACAGUCGUCGAGUUGAUGAAGAAGGAAGGCACUACCCUGGGUCUGACGGUAUCGGGAGGAAUUGAUAAGGAUGGCAAGCCAAGAGUAUCUAAUCUGCGGCAAGGAGGAAUUGCUGCUAGAAGUGACCAGCUGGAUGUGGGUGACUACAUCAAAGCAGUGAAUGGAAUCAACCUGGCCAAAUUCCGCCAUGAUGAGAUCAUCAGCUUGCUGAAGAAUGUGGGAGAAAGAGUGGUUCUUGAAGUAGAGUAUGAGCUUCCGCCGGUCUCUGUGCAAGGAUCAAGUGUUAUUUUCCGAACCGUGGAGGUCACAUUACAUAAAGAAGGCAAUACCUUUGGUUUUGUAAUACGAGGGGGAGCACAUGAUGAUAGAAAUAAAUCUCGUCCAGUUGUGAUAACAUGUGUUCGUCCUGGAGGACCUGCUGACAGAGAGGGCACGAUCAAACCUGGUGACAGGUUGCUCAGUGUGGAUGGAAUUCGGCUUCUUGGAACCACGCAUGCUGAAGCCAUGAGUAUUCUUAAACAAUGUGGACAAGAAGCAACGCUGCUGAUAGAAUAUGAUGUCUCAGUAAUGGAUUCUGUGGCAACAGCAUCCGGGCCACUACUAGUUGAAGUUGCCAAAACUCCUGGUGCCAGCCUUGGGGUUGCCCUAACUACCUCGAUGUGCUGUAACAAACAAGUCAUUGUCAUAGACAAAAUCAAAUCUGCAAGUAUUGCAGACAGAUGUGGCGGCAUUGCACGUGGGAGAUUCACAUCCUCUCCAUCGACGGGCAGCAUGGAGUACUGUAACUUGCAGAAAGCAACCCAGUUCCUGGCCACACCACUGACCAGGUCAACGCUUGAGAUCCUUCCCCUCAAUCAGACACGGCUGCCCUAAAAGGGGCCCGACCAUGUGAAAAUUCAGAGGAGCGACAGGCAACUUACCUGGGAUUCCUGGGCCAGCAACCACAGCAGCCUCCACACCAACCAUCACUAUAACACGCACCACCCUGACCAUUGCAGAGCACCAGCCCUGACACUCCCGAAAGCACCUCCUCCAAACAGCCCUCCAGCUUUGGUGUCUUCAUCCUUCUCUCCUACCUCCAUGAGUGCAUACAGCCUGAGUUCCCUGAACAUGGGAACUCUACCUCGAAGCCUCUACUCCACCAGCCCACGUGGAACCAUGAUGAGGAGGAGACUGAAAAAGAAAGACUUCAAAAGCUCAUUGUCCUUAGCCUCCAGCACAGUGGGAUUGGCUGGGCAGGUUGUUCACACAGAAACCACAGAGGUUGUGCUGACGGCAGAUCCUGUCACAGGAUUUGGGAUCCAACUGCAGGGCAGUGUGUUUGCCACAGAAACUCUCUCUUCUCCACCUCUGAUUUCCUAUAUCGAAGCUGACAGCCCAGCAGAGAGAUGUGGGGUGCUACAGAUUGGAGACAGAGUGAUGGCCAUCAAUGGAAUUCCAACAGAAGACAGCACCUUCGAAGAAGCCAAUCAGCUCCUCCGAGACUCUUCAAUCACGAGCAAGGUCACACUGGAAAUCGAGUUUGAUGUUGCAGAGUCUGUGAUCCCAAGUAGUGGAACGUUUCAUGUAAAGCUCCCUAAGAAGCACAAUGUGGAACUUGGAAUAACCAUAAGUUCACCAUCUAGUAGAAAACCAGGAGACCCCCUCGUCAUUUCGGAUAUCAAGAAAGGAAGUGUGGCACACAGAACUGGGACCCUGGAACUUGGGGAUAAAUUGCUCGCAAUAGAUAAUAUCCGGCUGGACAACUGUUCCAUGGAAGAUGCAGUUCAGAUCCUCCAGCAAUGUGAAGACCUGGUGAAGCUCAAAAUCCGCAAAGAUGAAGAUAAUUCAGAUGAGCAAGAAAGUUCUGGAGCAAUUAUUUACACCGUGGAGCUGAAACGCUAUGGGGGGCCCCUUGGCAUCACAAUUUCAGGAACUGAAGAGCCGUUUGAUCCUAUAAUCAUUUCAAGCCUCACUAAAGGGGGAUUAGCUGAAAGAACUGGCGCAAUCCACAUAGGAGACCGAAUCCUAGCCAUCAAUAGCAGCAGCUUGAAAGGGAAGCCUCUGAGUGAAGCCAUCCAUUUGUUACAGAUGGCAGGAGAGACUGUCACCUUGAAAAUUAAGAAACAGACAGAUGCCCAGUCAGCAUCGAGCCCCAAGAAGUUCCCCAUUUCUAGCCAUUUGAGUGACCUGGGGGAUGUGGAAGAGGACUCCUCGCCAGCACAGAAGCCAGGCAAGCUGUCCGACAUGUACCCUUCCACAGUGCCCAGUGUGGACAGUGCUGUGGAUUCAUGGGAUGGGUCUGCAAUAGACACCAGCUAUGGAAAUCAAGGCACUAGUUUUCAGGCCUCAGGAUACAAUUUCAACACCUAUGACUGGAGGAGUCCAAAACAGAGAGGCAGCUUGUCCCCAGUCACUAAGCCUCGAAGCCAGACUUACCCAGAUGUGGGGCUGAGUAAUGAAGACUGGGACCGGUCCACAGCCAGUGGUUUUGCAGGGGCUGCCGAUAGUGCAGAGACAGAACAAGAGGAGAACUUCUGGUCUCAAGCACUGGAGGAUUUGGAAACCUGCGGACAGUCAGGAAUUCUGAGAGAACUGGAGGAGAAAGCUGACAGGCGUGUGUCUUUGAGAAACAUGACUCUCUUGGCAACAAUCAUGUCGGGGAGCACGAUGAGUUUGAAUCAUGAGGCUCCAACACCUCGCAGUCAGCUGGGGCGACAGGCCAGCUUCCAGGAGCGCAGCAGCUCGCGGCCGCACUACAGCCAAACAACUCGGAGCAACACCCUGCCUUCAGAUGUGGGUAGGAAGUCAGUAACCCUGAGAAAAAUGAAACAAGAAAUAAAGGAGAUCAUGUCUCCAACUCCUGUGGAGCUGCACAAGGUGACCUUGUACAAGGACUCUGACAUGGAGGACUUUGGGUUCAGUGUAGCAGAUGGCUUGCUGGAGAAAGGAGUGUAUGUCAAAAAUAUUCGCCCAGCUGGGCCAGGAGAUCUUGGUGGCUUAAAGCCAUAUGACAGGCUCUUACAGGUGAACCAUGUCCGAACCAGAGACUUUGACUGCUGCCUUGUUGUGCCCCUCAUAGCAGAAUCCGGGAAUAAGCUGGACCUGGUUAUUAGUAGAAACCCACUGGCUUCACAGAAGUCUGUAGAACAACAGAGUCUACCAGGAGAUUGGAGUGAACAGAACAGUGCUUUUUUCCAGCAGCCUAGCCACGGUGGUAAUUUGGAGACACGAGAACCCACUAAUACAUUAUAGCAACGCUUUUUAUAAAGCAGGACAAAAGACAAUAUCUACAUGGUGCUAAAAAUCCCUUUAAGAUUUCUGUGACAUUUGAAGCACAGAUAAUCACGUGGCAUUAACUGCAAGCACAGGGGUCUUUUAAAUCUCUCUCAUGGCUCAUGUUCACUUCCCUUUUCAAGUUGAAGAGGUUUCUUUUUUGGUGACCACUAUGGUACAUGGUGGGCAAUGCCCUGCCAGGCCCAAUGGUAGAGAAAAAUAGGCCGUCUCCCCAACUCUACAAUUAACAUCAGAGGAAAUUUUUUACAAGUUCAUCUUACUAUCACUUUUUAAAAAGAGAAACAUCUGUUUGAAAAUAUUCUCUAUGAUAAUUUCCUUAAUUCACUUUGAAAUCAGUUUCUUACUAUGAAGUUAUUAAUGUAAGAACUUGACCAACAAGGCUUUUCUUCUCAUAGGCUGGCUCUACUAGGGGAACUAGUGUUUGGUAAACUGCUGGGACUGCCACAAUGGGAGGGGUACAGGUAUAAAAUUAAGUUAUCUUAAAAUGUUUCAGCAAUGAUGCACGUAGGAGACCAUAAUAGGUGGUGGUAAAUGUUUUGCCCAAGUAUAGGAAUGAUUUUAACUAAGAUGUAUGCUAUUCCCUAUGCAACAAAUUAUCAAACAGGAUAUGUCUUGUGACCUGUUUUUUUUUUAAGGACACAUUUUUAAUAGCUGAAAAUCUCUGAUAAUGAAUUAGAGGGUGUAGUAAACACGAGAAUUAGUUAUAUUAUUUUUAAAAUUCAAGACUAAGAACUUAAGAAAGAAUGAAGAGUCUAUUAAAAUGAGGUUCAUCUUAAUGAUAGACAAACCAAACUCAUACUGCUUGACAUGUUUUGAAAACUGGUAAUAUUGAGGGUGUACAGCACAUGUACUUAAAAAUGACACUGGGCUAUCUUUUGUUCUGAGCCAUGCCACUUACCGAAAUUGUAAAUACAUUUUUCACAAAUGCAUUGCCAAUUAUUACCAUCCCUCAAAGCAAUAAAUUGUGACAGUUGCUUUAAAUGUUUGUCAGCAACUGUUUUCAUUUGUUCAGAUAUUUUGAAUAGCUACGCUAAUAACUGUUAUUUGGUGAAUAUAAAAAACUAGAUCUGUAUAUUGAUGGUAGACUCUCCAUAUUGAAAUAAUUAUUUUCCAAACGUUUUCAUUUUGGUCAAUAAUUCAAACUACCACUUAGGCAAAGCAUUCAAACACUGUGUCCUUUGUUUAAGGAAAUAAAAAUCACCUUUCUUUUUGUGCAAAAAAAAAUAUUAUUUCAAUCACAUUUCAGAACCGCCAGGGCAAGAAAGUAUAAAGCAGAAUCAUGUUAAGAAAAAAGAAAAAAAGAUCAUGAGUCACUUAAAUAUGUAUUUUUAUUUGUAACAAACAAGUAUUAAACUGUAAAGUAUUUUUGUACAAAUUUAAUACUUUAAUAGCAUGGUAUUUAUCGUCUAUGUAUGGUUUUGGGGAAUUCAAAAUUGUUCAAAUAUUUGUAUGGAAAAAAUAAAACCCUCUACCAAAUGGAAUAAACCGUGAUUUUAAAAAGCCAAAUAAAGAGGACAUGCAUUAUUGGUGUUUUGAAUAUAUUUCAGUGUUUUAGCCUGAGUCCUACACAAUUUGUUUUGUUUUGUUUUGAGAUGGAUUUUCACUCUGUUGC